AUGGCCAGCAAGCAAGAAACCCUAAACCGCACCCUGACCCCGGCACUCCUCUCUCAAGUAAAUAACUUCUGGUUCAGCCACAUCUGUACCGAAGAUGCCCGGAUCCUGCCGGGCAAGGAGGACCAAAUGCGCUGGUUCAAGAAAGACGAGCAAUUCGACGCAGCCUGCGUAGAGCAGUUCAAGCCCGCGCUAGAUACUCUUCUCAAUACCGGCGCCACAGCCCCCGAGCUCCUCGCUGCGGUCGACACAUCCUCGUGUCUGAAUUGGGUUAGUCUGCUCCUGCUCCUGGACCAGAUCCCUCGGAACUGCUACCGCGGCGAUGCGGCAAAGAUCGUGUUCAGCCAGUUCGAUCCGCUGGCGGUGGGUGUCGCGCUGGAGGCUGUUGAGCGCGGAAUCCCGAUGCUGGAUCCGGACGUGCGGUGGCGACUUGCGUAUCGGACUUGGUUCUUUUUGCCCCUUAUGCAUUCGGAGGAUUUGGGGGUCCAUGAGCGGGCGAUACGAUUGCAUGAGGAGACGCGGGAGGAUUUUGAGGGAUUUUUGAAGGCGGAUGCGGGGUCGUUGGAGGGAAGGGAGAAGGCGUGUUAUGAUGUUUUGAAGGGGCGGGAGGAGGAGCUGAGAGAGAGAUUGAAGGCACUGCUGGACUUUGAGGCCAGACAUAAGGCUAUCGUGGAGCGGUUUGGAAAGUAUCCGCAUCGGAAUCAGGCGAUGGGAAGGGAGUCUACGCUUGAGGAGGCGGAGUAUUUGGAAAAUGGGGGUGAGACGUUUGGAUAG